AUGAUUACGGUACCGUUGUCUGCCGGUGAACUCAAUCGUCCGUUGGUUGGUGAGACUGAAAAACUUCUCGUCGAUAUCAUGUAUCGUGCUCAUACAAUUCCUUUUUUGAUUUGUGCAAUGACAAUCGAUGAAAUCGAUGGACUCGUACCGAAGCGUGAUAACAAUGCCCAACAAUCUAAAGUCGAUGGAAUCUCUGUCUUACUAUCACACAUCGAAGGUGUAAAGAAUAUUCCGAAUUUAAUUGUUUUUGGUGCGACUAAUCGUCGCAAUAUGAUGGAUGAAGCAUUUCUUCGACGUAUGCAAGCAAAAGUCUUUGUUGGUCGUCCAUCUCCGGCUACACGCAAGAAUAUGCUAAAUCCUCUAAUUUGUAAAUCAAAGAAUUUUACAUCGAAACUUAUAGAUGCCUUGGUAAAAGUAACAACAAAUUUUAGUGGUGCAGCUGUUGGUGCACUUCGAUCAAGCAUUGUUGUUGAGAUGGAUCGUAAUCCAAAUAUUAAUGAUCGACGUCUGUUAGAAUUAGCGGAUACUGUCGCAAGAGAACAUAAUGUUUGGUUUGGUAUAAGCACAUUGCCGGCAAUCUGUCGUCUUAAUCCGAAAAUAUUUGAUUCAAAGAAUGAAGACGAACAAUUUUCACUCGAUUUUCGAGAUGUACCACCCAGUGGACGUAUUCUCAUUGAUUUAUUAGAUCGAAAGUGUUUGAUUGAACUUCAAGAAGAUGAACCAACGUUAGAAAGAAAUUUAGAUACAAAAGAGAUAACAAUUCAGUCGUUAUUAGCACGUUUAAUACAAGGCUGUUCAACGCGUAAUAUUGAUACUUUACAAGUGAUUGAUUUGAAUUUUUUAACAAAACAGAAUGCAACAGAUGAAAAUCAAAUAUUUGAAAGUUUAACUACUCUAUUUUUGGAAUGUGACGAAUACAACAAGUCAAUGCUUGUCUUUGAUAUUGAUUCGUUAAUUAUGUUGAAUAAAUCUGAUUCAGAAAUGACAAAGUCAACUUCAAUAUCAAAUAUACGUCUCUAUCAAUUCAUUCGUGAGAAAUGUAAAGAGACGAUUGUUGAGAAAGUAGAAAAACGACAGGAAAAUGAACAAGAUUCUAGUCAGAACGAUGCAAAACCAGUUGAAAAAUGGAUUGUUAUCAUUGUCAAAGAUGACUAUCUCAAGUCGACAUUAAUCAAUGAUAUUGAAUUCAAAAAGACAACAGCACAGAUCGAUGAAGAACAGCGUGAAAAAGAGAAAUGUGAAGAUGAUGAACGUUCAAGAAAAUGUCCGAAAUGUUUUAGAGAUUACAUACCAAAGGACACAAAAUUUGGUGAUUGUCACUAUCAUGAUGGUUUUGUUAUCGAUUGUGACAAACCGAUUGAAACAUCGCCUAUAGCUAUUAAAGAAGCACGGUUGAAAAUGCAGCAAGCUGAAUUGAUGAAAGACGAGGAGGAGAAUGCAACGGUUAAAACGCCGCUUCCAAAACUUGUAUGGUCCUGUUGUUUACAUCGUUAUGGCAGUAGUCAUCCGGAGUGUCGAAUUUCUAAGUGUGGUUUACCGGAAGAGUUGGAAGACACAGUAGAUAUGAAACGUGACGAUUAUAUGAAAAUCGUUGAAGAACAUUUUAUGAAAAAUCAAGUUGCAGUUGACAAUACUAAAAAGUUUAUAGAAGACUACAAAAAACGACCAAAGUCAGAACUAACAUCGGCAGCUAAAAACAAAUAA